AUGGAGCGCGGCGGCGGCUUCGGGGUGGGAUCCCGGGUGGAGGGGGCUGCGCGGGGCACCCCUCUUCCCGGGAAGAUGGCCGAACCGGGCGCGGUGCGGACCUCGCCACCCAACCACCGGCCUCCGGGCAUGGAUGGAUUUUUGAAAUCAGACGAGAGACAGAGAUUGGCCAAAGAAAGACGAGAAGAAAGAGAGAAAUGUCUGGCCGCCCGAGAACAGCAGAUCCUGGAGAAACAGAAAAGAGCCAAGCUCCAAUAUGAAAAGCAAAUCGAGGAGCGAUGGCGCAAACUGGAAGAGCAGCGGCAACGGGAGGACCAGAAGAGGGCUGCAGUGGAAGAGAAGAGGAAGCAGAAGCUUCGGGAGGAGGAGGAGCGGCUGGAGGCGAUGAUGCGCCGGUCCAUGGAACGCACGCAGCAGCUGGAGCUGAAGAAGAAGUGCUCGUGGGGAGCAUCACUGGCCACGGCGCCCGGAGGACGUGAUGCAUGUGACAAACUUUCAACAUCAACCAUGAAUUUGCCAAAGCAGACGGAGCCUCCCAUGCGUAAACGCCUGUCUUCAUCCACCGUGGCAAUAUCCUAUUCCCCAGACCGAGCUCAUCGCACGCACCUUAGUCCCAUGGAAACCUUUCUUGUUAUGCGACUGUUGACACCCACACAGGCUUCUUUAGCCAGAAGCAGAAGUGCACUUAUGCUCUCUGAGUGGGCCGGUGACUCAGUGUUUCAUACCUGUCCUCGUAUAGCUCCUGCUGGCUCUCUUAAAUCUUCCUACAAGUCUUCUCCCACUCGAAACACUGAGAGGAAGAAGGCUACAUCUACAUCUGGCGCGGGAGAUGCUGGAAAAGGAACCCCUGCAGGAGCAGAGGCCUCUCCGACGGAGAAGAAGAGGGGGCAGCGAGUGACAACUUCCACUCCCACUGGUGGCCUUGGAUCCCCUCUGAGAAGAUGCGAGUUUUCCGGAGGCGUUACUAAGAGGUCAUCUUCUCCCGUGAUACCCAAGACACCUUCAAAAGCAUAUCCACCGUCUCCAAAGAUGACGAAGCCACCGUACCCAGGGUCUCCUGUGAAGUACCGCGUUCCUGCCCUUCCCGGCCAAGAAACACCCAAGAAGAAAGCAGAGAAAGAGAAGAGCAACAAGGAAAGGGAAGGUGCCUUGGCUCAGCAGGCUGCCGGGCCACCCGGAGAGGAAGCCCCAGAGAAGCAUGUGGCAGACAAACAGGCCAGCGAGAAGCACGCCGCCGCAGCGGGGAAGGCCGAGAGCAGCACAGUCUCGGGGAAGCCCACAGCAGGCACAACUGACGCAGGAGAGGCGGCAAAGAUCCUGGCUGAAAAGAGAAGACAGGCCCGGCUGCAGAAGGAGCAGGAGGAGCAAGAACGACUGGAGAAAGAAGAGCAAGACAGGCUGGAGAGAGAGGAAUUGAAAAGAAAGGCAGAGGAGGAAAGGCUUCGCCUAGAAGAAGAAGCCCGUAAGCAGGAAGAAGAAAGGAAGCAGCAGGAAGAGGAAAAGAAGCGGCAGGAAGAGGAAGAGAAAAGAAAGGCAGGAGAGGAGGCCAAGCGAAAGGCUGAGGAGGAGCUACUGUUGAAAGAAAAGCAAGAAAAGGAAAAGCAAGACCAAGAAAAGCAAGAGAAAGCCAUGAUUGGAAAGCAGAAGGAAGCAACAGAAACGAAGGCCCGGGAGGCAGCCAAACAGAUGCGUCUGGAAAGAGAACAGAUCAUGCUGCAGAUUGAGCAGGAGCGACUGGAGAGGAAGAAGAGAAUAGAUGAAAUCAUGAAGAGAACAAGGAAGAGUGAUGUGUCUCCAGAAGUGAAGAAAGAAGACCCCAAAGUGAUUAUUCAGCCUGCUGUGUGUGUGGAAAACAAGACAAAACCAGUUGUCCCCAACAAAAUAGAAAUCAAUGGAUUGAACACCUGCCAGGAAGUUAAUGGUGUGGGGCACGCCGCCCCGGAAACUUUUCCCCGAGACAUUUUCUCUAAUGGGCUUAAACCAGUUGGGGCACUUGUUCAUCUGGAUGCCCUUGAUGGGAAAUCAAACAGUCUGGAUGAUUCAACCGAAGAAGUUCAGUCUAUGGAUGUGAGUCCUGUUUCAAAAGAAGAGCUUAUCUCCAUCCCAGAAUUUUCACCAGUGAGUGAAAUGAUUCCUGGGGUGUCUCUGGACCAAAAUGGAACUGGUAAUGCCCGAGCGCUUCAAGAUCUCCUAGAUUUCACUGGCCCCCCUACGUUCCCCAAGAGAUCCAGUGAGAACCUCAGCUUGGAUGACUGUAACAAAAACCUCAUCGAAGGAUUUAACAGUCCUGGCCAAGAGACCGCUCUCGACACCUUCUGUUGA